AUGUUUCAUCGAACUGCUACUAGAAUGUUUACACGUCGUCAAAUGAUGGCUUUAGGUGCUGCUGCUACUAUGGCUACAGGUGGAGCUGCUUUCUAUUUGAACUCUGAAUUCAAGAAACCAGUGCUGGCGGAAUCCAACAACUUGAAGUUUUGGAAGAGUUUACCAGGGGAAAACACACCUGAGAAUCCUGGAUUUGCCAAGUUACGUGGUAUGGCCGCUGAACAACGAUUUAGAACUGCUUUAUCUACAAAUAAUGGAAAGACCGAUUUCGAUGUGGUGAUUGUCGGUGGUGGUAUCAUUGGCCUAGCAACUGCUAGAGAGUUACUCAAACGUUUCCCCAACAUGACAGUUGCCGUCUUGGAAAAGGAACGUGAAGUAGCCGCUCAUCAAACCGGUCAUAAUAGCGGUGUCAUCCAUGCUGGUAUUUAUUAUAAGCCAGGAUCUCGCAUGGCCAAGACCUGCGUCCGUGGUGCUGACUUGAUGUAUGAAUACUGUAAACAAAAUCAAUUGCCAGUAGAGCGUUGCGGUAAACUGAUCGUGGCUGUCAAUGAAAAAGAACACAAGGAAGUAGAAAGAUUGAUGGAAAUCGCUACUUUGAACGGUGUGAAGGAUCUACAAGUCUUGAAUAGUGAGGAGAUUCGACAAUUGGAACCCAAUGUAGUUGCUUAUUCUGCGUUGUAUUCUCCCAACACUGGCAUUACCGACUAUGGCCUUGUGGCUCAAUGUAUCGCUAAUGAAAUCGUCCAGACUGGACGUGCUGAGAUCAAACUUGCUUUUGAAGCCAAGAAAUUUGAAAGUAGACAAGAUGGAAAGAUUGAGAUUUGGGGCGCAGAGCCUAACCAAAGAGGACCUACACUUAAGGUUACUGCCAAGAAUGUGAUCACUUGUGCAGGCUUUUAUUCCGAUCGAGUAGCAGGUCUUGCAGGUGGUGACCCCAGCCGUGCCAAGGUGGUUACCUUCAGAGGAACCUACUAUCAACUCAAGCCUGAAUACCGUGGUAUUUGUCGUAUGAAUGUCUAUCCUGUCCCUAGCGGUGGUGGUAUUCCCGUAGGUGUUCAUUUCACUCCAACGGUCAACACACGUCGUGGUAUUCAAAUGAUUGUCGGUCCUGGAGCCUGUCUUACGUUUGCUCGCGAAGGAUAUACCUUCUUUGACUUCAAGCUGGAAGACUUGUUUGCUUCUUUGACCAACAUGAACUUGUGGAUGUUUGCCUUGAAAAACCCCUCUUUGUCUAUUGGCGAACUGUACAAAGAUAUGAAUAAGCGUGCCUUUUUGCGUGCUGCUCAAGCCUACGUUCCAGGAUUGACAGAAGAUAUGGUGGAAGAGAGUUUUGCUGGUGUGAUGUCUCAAGUGUUCGAAAAAGGCGGUAUCGCGGCGAAUGACUAUAUUUUAGAACGCAAGGUCAUGGAUGGAAAAGUACUUUGUGUGCGUAAUGCACCUACUCCUGCAUGCACAGCUUCCUUGGCCAUCGCAGAAAUGUUGAUUGAUACAGCCACCGAAGACUUUGGUUGGGAUGAAAAUCAACAAGAAAAGAAGGAUGCCGCUGGCUUAACUCAACAGACCAUCAAGCAACUUGCCGUAGCUGCUUAA